AUGACCUCAGCGUUGCUGCACUGGCUGCUCUUCGCCGUCCUCGCCGUCCUCGCCCUCGUCUCGUCCACUAAUGCUUCUGCUCUCACAACCUCACUUGGCGCUAAUGAACGCCUCUGCUUUUAUGCUGAUGUAGACAAGGCAGGCGAGAAGAUCGGUUUCUACUUCGCUGUCCAAUCCGGCGGCUCCUUCGAUAUCGACUUUGAAGUCAAAGACCCGAACGAGAAGGUCCUCCUCGACGGCGCGCGCGAGCGCCAGGGCGACUAUGUCCUCACCGCCAACACCGUCGGCGAAUAUGCAUUCUGCUUCGAGAACGACAUGUCCACUCUCACCGAGAAGCUCGUCGACUUUGACAUCAUGGUCGAGAGCGAGCCCCGCCGCGACGCCCCCGCAAAACCCGCCCAGCUCUCGGAGCACACGUCCGCGCUCGAGGAGAGCAUAUUCAGGCUGAACGGGAUGUUGCUGAACGUGAAGCGCACACAGAAAUAUUUCCACACGCGCGAGAAUAGAGGGUUUUCCAUCGUCAAAUCUACACAAAACCGUCUCUUUUGGUACGCCAUUAUCGAGACCCUUGCCGUCAUCGGCAUGGCCGUAUUCCAAGUCUACGUCCUUCAGACGUUCUUCACCAAGACUGGAAGACGGUACAAGGUCUAA